AUGAGAGGCCAAUCAGAUCACUCUGAAAUGUUCCCUUCCAGUCUCACAUUGGGCCGAUGGAAACAGAAUCAGAUCUUUGAGACGAAGUCUGCUGGUGUUGGAGAUGAUGCGACUUUGACGUGUUCCCGCCAGACAUCUGAGCUCAGAUCAACCUUGUUUUGGAUUCGGCUUGUUUUUGGAACCAUCCCCGAAUUUUUGGGAGGAACAUAUUCAUUUAACUAUUAUGGUGUUAAUAAGACUCCUCGUAUUACAACAAAACAAGAGCCUGGAACAUUUAUCCUGCAUAUUAAUGAAGCAAAGCUAAGCGAUACUGGAGUUUACUACUGUAUGAAAGUAAACAAACUUAAUAUGACACUUGUGAAAGGAACAUUUCUGAGAAUUGAAGAACCAGAACCUGAUAUCACCGCCAUCAUUCAAGACAUUCACUCUGAUCCAGUCCUUCCAGGAGACUCAGUGACUCUGCAGUGUUCAGUCCUCUCCGACUCAGAGAAUAAAACCUGUCCAGGAGGACACAGUGUGUUCUGGUUCAGAGCCGGAUCAGAUGAAACUCCCAGUUUAGUUUAUGCAGAAGGAAACAGCAGUGAUGGAUGUGAGAGGAGCCCUGAAGCUCACUCUCCACAGAAAUGUGUCUACAGCUUCUCGAAGAACGUCAGCUCCUCUGAUGCUGGGACUUAUUACUGUGCUGUGGCCACAUGUGGAGAGAUAUUAUUUGGAAAUGGGACAAAACUGGACAUUGAAGCACUCAACAUGUGGGACAUGCAGCAAACCAAAACAGCUCUGAUUCUGUUAUGUGCAGCGUUGGCUAUAAGUCUGAUUGUUAUCGCCGUACUGAUUUAUUCCAUCAAGAACAAAACUUAUGCUUUUGGUCUGCAAACAAACUCUGCAACAGCCGGCCGUGAUCAACAAAGUCAGCAGAGACAUGAGGACGCGUUGGUUUAUUCUGCACCAACCUUCAUCAAGAAGAAAACUGGCCGAGCAGAGAGAAGGAAUGCAACGGCAGCAGACGGAGAGACUGUCUACACUGAUGUCAGGGUGACAAAUUAACAAUCUAUUGGAUUUACUAAUUGAAGCUUAGAAUAUUUUUUCACUGGCGCACCUGUUGUAAA